AUGUUUGACAGUGAUGAUUAUGACGAAGAAGAAAUUUUGGUUUUCAGUCCUGAUGAUGAUGACAAAGAAGAAAUUUUGGUUUUCAGUCAUGAUGAUGAUGAUGAAGAAAUUUUGGUUUUCAGUCCUGAUGAUGAUGACAAAGAAGAAAUUUUGGUUUUCAGUCCUGAUGAUGAUGACAAAGAAGAAAUUUUGGUUUUCAGUCCUGAUGAUGAUGAUGACAAAGAAGAAAUUUUGGUUUUCAGUCCUGAUGAUGAUGACAAAGAAGAAAUUUUGGUUUUCAGUCCUGAUGAUGAUGACAAAGAAGAAAUUUUGGUUUUCAGUCCUGAUGAUGAUGACAAAGAAGAAAUUUUGGUUUUCAGUCCUGAUGGUGAUGACGAAGAAGAAAUUUUGGUUUUCAGUCCUGAUGAUGAUGACGAAGAAGAAAUUUUGGUUUUCAGUCAUGAUGAUGAUGACGAAGAAGAAAUUUUGGUUUUCAGUCAUGAUGAUGAUGACAAAGAAGAAAUUUUGGUUUUCAGUCCUGAUGAUGAUGACGAAGAAGAAAUUUUGGUUUUCAGUCCUGAUGAUGAUGACAAAGAAGAAAUUUUGGUUUUCAGUCCUGAUGAUGAUGACAAAGAAGAAAUUUUGGUUUUCAGUCCUGAUGAUGAUGACGAAGAAGAAAUUUUGGUUUUCAGUCCUGAUGAUGAUGAUGAAGAAAUUUUGGUUUUCAGUCCUGAUGAUGAUGAUGACAAAGAAGAAAUUUUGGUUUUCAGUCCUGAUGAUGAUGACAAAGAAGAAAUUUUGGUUUUCAGUCCUGAUGAUGAUGAUGACAAAGAAGAAAUUUUGGUUUUCAGUCCUGAUGAUGAUGAUGACAAAGAAGAAAUUUUAGUUUUCAGUCCUGAUGAAAUAAACAAACACUUUUCAUAUGCUUUAAUAUAUAUAAGCAAAGUUUUGAAGUAA